AUGUCAGUAGAAAUUCCGCCUGGUGCGAAUCUCUCACAGACCCCAUUACUACCGAAUCCUGACGGGUCGGCACCUAACUUCGUAGAUCCGCGUUCCCUUGAAACGGAGACUUACUCGGUCAUAAUUAUUCUGGUCAUUAUUUCAUUUAUUAUCGUUUCAUUUCGAAUCCCUACUCAUCUCAAGAUAUACAAGAGACUUGCGCUUGAUGACUCAACUCCUACGGCCCGGCACAUUUGGGAUGUUCCUCUUAGUGCAAUCGAUGCAUCCUGGGUUAAACGUAGAGCGAUAUUAAGAACUAUCUAUGGGCCGGCCAUGUGGUUCGCUAAAACUGCGAUCCUGACCAUGUAUCUACGCCUCUUUGGCGUCAAAAUGUGGAUGCGAUGGUGCUGCUACUUCGGGAUCGGAGUUCUAUUUUGUGCCUAUUGGAGUCUCGUCCCAGUUUCGGUCAUAUAUAACUUUCCACAUAACGAUGAGCAUUGGGAUCUCGCUUUGAUGGUCGAGAGCCAGCCCGCACAGAUUCCGUUUGUUAUCAUGGGCUUCGUCGAUAUAGUAUCUGAUUUGUACAUCUUGGCGCUACCGUUCCCAGUUCUGUUAAAACUGCAGACAACACAGAGAAAGAAAGUCGGGUUAUUUCUGGUCUUCUUGACCGCAAUUAUUGGAGUCGUGAGCAGUUGUUUCGUCUUCUAUUUCCGCGUUGUGUUAUGGCGCAACGAGACGAAGGAUUCCACGUGGAAUGUUGCGGUCUCAUAUUUGACAGUUGCCGUUGAAUUGAACGUCGCAGUCAUUGUCAGCUGCACACCAGCUACAGCAGCAGGAUGGAAAGUUUCGCUGCGAAAAUCCAAGCUUCUCUCAAGCCUCCGGUCAUCUAUUGGCAAUUUUGGAGACUUAUUGGAUUGGAGCAAUGGUAAGGACGAAAAUCUGAUACCUAAUACUGGUAUUGCCGAGCAGUUUGCCCUGAGCGGUUUUUAUACAAAGGUGUGA